AGCAGACAGAUUGUUCCACCAAAUGCAACGUUUUCUCAGUUUUGUUUGGUCGCCCUUGUCUUUCGGUGCAGAAUUCUAAUCACCCUAAAUCAGCAGUAAUUCUGCAGGCAGGCAUCAUGCUGACCAGUAUCACUGAAGGGAUCCUAUGUUGCCUGACUGGGAAGGUUGCCAGUCUGGUCUUGCCACUGGACUCAACAGAACCCUCUGAUGGUUUCGAGUUUGUGGAGGUGAAACCUGGGCGAGUUCUGCGAGUGCGGCACAUCAUCCCUGAGCGUCAGCCAGUAGUAACCGAAGAGCAAGUUGCUGGCAAGGAAAAGAAGGAUGGAGGUGGUCAUGACGGCUCUCAUGAGGAUUAUAGCGAGAGCGUUACGGGCAGCAGUGUCCACUGCAAGAGGAAGAUCACCGUCUACCGCAACGGCCAGCUGGUGAUUGAGAAUCUCGGUGAUGUUUUGCACUCUGAGAUCCUGCAGUGUCAGAAUGGGGAUCUGGAGCCUUGCAGCACUGUAGAGGUGGAGCUGGCUGACUACAAAGAAAUGCCCUCUUCUCCAGACCCCAACCCUGUUCCUCCUCGAGUUACUCCACCACUCGGCGACCAGAAACCCGCUCCACCUCCUCGCCGCCGCCGCCGCAAGCCCAAGCGUACGGUGCAAAUCGACUCCAAGAGGGUGAUCUCCAGCUGCAAAGGGACGCACUCGGACGUAGCGUUGUUCUUCGUGCACGGUGUGGGGGGUUCUCUGGACAUUUGGAGCAGCCAACUAGACUUCUUCUCUCGGCUGGGCUAUGAGGUCAUCGCGCCCGACCUGGCGGGGCAUGGAGCCAGCACUGCCCCACAGAUUGCAGCAGCCUAUACAUUUUCGGCUAUUGCAGAGGACCUUCGUGCCAUCUUUAAGAGAUAUGCCCGUAAACGCAACAUUCUCAUCGGCCACUCAUAUGGGGUGUCAUUUUGCACCUUCCUGGCACACGAAUAUCCUGAUCUGGUCCAUAAGGUAGUGAUGGUCAAUGGAGGGGGUCCCACAGCUCUGGAGCCCAGCCUAUGUUCCAUCUUCCAGCUGCCAUCAUGUGUCCUUCACUGUCUGUCACCUUGUCUGGCCUGGAGCUUCCUCAAGGCUGGAUUUGCCCGUCAGGGUGCCAAGGAAAAGCAGCUGUUGAAGCAGGGCAAUGCCUUCAACGUGUCUCCUUUUGUCCUGCGAGCCAUGAUGAGCGGCCAGUACUGGCCUGAGGGGGAUGAGGUCUACCAUGCCGAGCUCACUGUGCCCAUCCUUCUGGUUCAUGGCAUGUGUGACAAGUUUGUGCCCAUGGAUGAGGACCAGCGCAUGGCAGAGAUCCUUCUGUUUGCAUUCCUUAAAGUCAUUGAGGAGGGAAGUCACAUGGUCAUGAUGGAGUGCCCUGACACUGUCAACACACUCCUGCACGAGUUCUUUCUAUGGGAGCCUGACAUGUCCAGAAAAGACAGCAUCAAGACGGACAAAGUUGUCAGUGACUCUCUCCGCACACUGAAAAUCAAUAAGUCUAUGGACAAAUAACCAUUGAGGAGUCUAGUUUUAUUCCCCAACCAAGCAGAAGGCCUUUUGUGGCUUGUGUUCUUUAGGCUGCUACCAGGCCGAGAGCUGUUAUAAACAGGGCCACAUCUUAAGGAUGCAGACGGCCACUGGUGCUCCAAGAUAAAGCAGGACUUAGGCAGAGUGCCGACAAGAGAACGAUGGAACGAACAUAAAGAUGAGAGGAAUGGAUGCAAAUACAGUCAGUUUCCGCUUCGCUUUUUGAUACCAGUGGCAAAAUGACACAAUACCUGGAGGACUAUGUCCAUGACUAUGUCCAUGAAAUGUAUCUGACUACUGCAAGAUGCAAAAAGGAUCAAAUCUAUGAAUUGAUGUGUGAAUUCCUUCUCUUUAAAUAGUUUGUAAAGUACUGCAGAGCUUCUGUUCAACCUUUACAAACUGUUUAUAACCGUAUUGUUGUGCCAAUUUCAUAUCUGCUUUCAGUGGAAAACUGGCAAAAUGAUCUGUUGUGAAUUGAGGGAUUACAGAUCUGAUUGCUGAUUUGCCAGAAUAAUGAAGGACAGCGUAUUGUAACGACUCAAGUGUUGAUAAUAAUAGUUUAUUAUCAAAUACUGAUAGUGGGACAUGAGUAAAAGACAUUAAAUAUAUAUCGAUGUACAUGCAAAAUGUAAUUAAUAUUUUCACCACAUGCAUAGAAAAAUUACGUCCUGAACAACAAUAUAUAUAUAUAUAUAUAUAUAUAUAACUGCUCACCUGCAAUCCAGACUUCUGUUUCAUUUCAAACAUGAAGACUCACAAUCACGACUAUUGUCAAUAACAUUUGGCUCAUUUAUUUCCAAAUUACAACAAUAUAUUUUCCAUAUAUUAACCUCUAAUAUAAAAUCUAAAUCCAAAAAGCUAUGUGUGUUAAGCACAAUGUUACCAAUUUAUUAAUUCACAGCUGCAUGAAAAUUAAGUAAUAUUUAAUAUAGAUUCAUGUGAACUGGUUGCAAAAACAGAUGUAAACAAAGAUAGAUGCUAAAAGGUUCUCUUCCUUUAUUCUACCAGCCAUUUUUGCAAUAGUACAUAAUAUCCUAAGGAUACAAAGUACCAAGGCCCUGUAUGAGUUCUGAAUAUGAAAAGCUGAGAGGUUUGGGUCAAACAGUUGCAAUAUAUUCUCAUAUUGAAAAGUUCCCAGUGUACAUCUCAUUAAUCAAAUGACUGUUCCUUUUAAUGUGUAAGUGUUAUUUUUGCCUUUAUUCUGAAAUAAUAGCAACUGCCAUGAAUGCUUUAAGCUGCUGAGUGUGUUCACCCACUACUCCUCAGUCCUAUCUAUCUAGUAUCAGACAGAAAUAAUGAGCUAAACAGAAUGCUCACUAAAAGACAUUGAUUGAUGGGUGGUGCGUUGUCUCACAGUGGGACAGUUAUGUGUGAGUUAAAGGACAGUCUUAUGCUCCCUGACAGUGUGCAUCUAUUGACUGGAGAGUUUAUAUUGUUACAAGAAGCAAAAGAUGUAAAUUGGUAGAUUUGAGACUGGGAUUUUCCAAAGCUCGAAAACAAAUAUGUAUUGAGCCAAAGGAGAAAGUCCCCUGAACACAGGGACAUUUGUACUGACCAUGCUGGUCUGCUAUAUAUGCAUUUUGACAGGAUGCUGAUGCAACAUGACUGGUCUUAUGCAACUGGAACAAAAUAGAGAGAAAUAGAAUAGAAAUAUACUGACUUGGCACUGACAUCUCAAAAACAUUCUAUAUUCUCUUUGGACUUUCCAAAAACCAACAAGUGCUGCUGAUGCAAUGUACUGUACGUCUAUUUUGAUGUGAAAGUUCAGUAAAACUGUGUGGACAACAGGGUGCACAUAUACUUCCUCUUAUGCUAAAAGUGUGCAUAUACAAAUUGUCAGUGCGCAUAUGUGCUAUAUCUUUUUGUGGUUCGCAAAAAUGUGUUAAUGUUAUUGUUGCAUUUACUCAUGGGAAUCAUUAUACUGUAUGUGCACUGCCUGAAUGUAGAUGCAUAUAACAUUAUAUGGCCUAUCAAUAAAGUUGGAUUCAGUGUAUGAAUGUGCAUUUCCUGGCAUAAAAUAAAACCGAUGUUCCCAGUCUA